GUGUCGACUCUGGGUCGUUAGGGGAAGUUUCCUAUCUUGAAAUGUCUGUUUUGAAGCACGCCACAUUGCAUUAUAUUUUUGUAUAAUUUCAGUCGAAAUCAUGCACUUACGGCACUGUAUCUGUAGAUCGACAUGCAGUGGAGAAGACACAUUACUGGCCUUGCUUUUAGCUUUGUUUUCAUUGUUUCAUAUUUCACGAAUAAGUUUGUUCUGUCUGUGUUAAAAUUCACCUAUCCCACAUUAUUUCAAGGAUGGCAGACAUUUAUAGGAGCCGUCCUGCUCCUCCUGUGUGGAAAGCUGGGAUGGGUGGAAAUGAGUCGCAUCACCAGAUCUGCUGCUCUCUCCUGGCUCCCAGGUUCGUUUCUCUUUGUGGGAAACAUAUAUGCUGGUUCUAGGGCCUUAUCACGCAUUGACAUUCCCUAUUUCUUCACUCUUCAGAAUUCUUCUCAUGUUGUUGGUUAUAUAAUCAUCAAACUCCUCUACAGAGAGCAGAAUACACAAUGGCUUAAAUUUUCCGGCAUAUGCCUCAUACUGCUCUCAGCCAUCUGCCUUCCUCUGUGUGACCCUCAGUUUGACUACAGCAGUUACCUGUGGGCUGUCUGCCAUCUGCUCAGUGUUGGUUCCUACAGAGUGUUUCAAGUUCACAACAAGUCUAGUAACCUGAGUGAUUUUGAGCAGCAGUGCAUCAACUACUUGUUCAGUGUGUUUCUACUGGCCCUCGCUGCUCACCCAACAGGAGACUUCAUGGGUGCCUUGGAGUUCCCCUCUCUUCAGUCCCACACAUUUUACUGUGGUUGCUGCGCCAGCGCUUUGCUGGGUUUUUUCUUACUGUUGGCGACGGUCAAGUUAAAACGUGGGUUGUCUCUUGUGCACCUUGAGGUGUGGGUGUUCAUGUCUAAGGUUACUGCCAUGUUCCUCUCCCCGUUUAUUUUCCACAUGGACUUUAACACCCGGUCUCUUUCUUGUGUGGUCAUCAGUCAUGUCGGAGAGGCCCUGCUCGUCUAUUCAGACAGAGACUCUCAUCUCUGACAACAAAAUUUCAGAUGAAAUUAUUUUUUACAUUAUUGUGAAUCCUUUGCUCUUUGAUAAGCUGCUGACCAAAUAAAACCUUUGUUUGCA